CCGGCGCUGCCGCCGGUGCCGGGCGAGCCCAACACGCUGGUUUGCCUGGUGGAGAACAUCUUCCCGCCCGCGCUGGACAUCAGCUGGGCGGUGGCGGGAGCCGAGGUCACCCGGGGGGUCACCCAGGGCCCCUUUGUGCCCAGCCCUGACCUCACCUUCCUCCGGAUCUCCCGAAUUUCCAUCGCCCCCCAGCCCGGGGAUGUCUACGCCUGCGUGGUCACCUCCAGCAGGGACAACGCCACCAUGGUGGCCUACUGGGGUUAGAUGGGCUUUGGAAAUUUUUGGGAUUAUUUGGGG